AUGCAUGAUUUCGGCAAGUAUCACACUUCAUCAACAUCAAUCGAACCCAAUUCUCUCUUCCAAGGAAACGAUGUGAAGAAAUUAAGUGCAGAAAUGGAAUUCAAGUUGAAAAUGGCCCAUCAGAAACGAUUGGCCAUUAAACAUUUUAUGACUACCACGACAUCAUCAGCUUCUAAAAAUCAUGUUCCGAAAAUGGAAAAAAUGACGGAAAGAAACAAAAUCCAAACCCUAGAUGUCGAAAGACAACGCUGUUUACCAAGAUCGUUUAGUUUCGAUUCCAAGGAUUCAAGAAUGGGCGUUGAUCCCCAUGAUGAUAUGCAGACACCAUUGAAGCCUUAUGACCCCAUCAAGAAUUAUCUUUCCCCAAGGUCUAGGUACUUGAAGUUCAACCCAGAUAGGCAUCGUGAAAUAUCUGCUCGUCAAAAAAAUGUAACUAGGGUUAGAAGAAGUGCCUCUUAUGAUGAUACGGGAAUGCGUUUUCCCAAAGAAAAGUUGGAGUCGAGUUUUUCUUCUCGAGAAGAGUCUGUUGAAGAAGAAACUGGCAUAAUUGCCCCUGAACAUGAACAUGAAGAAGAAGAAGAAAAGGAAGGAGUAUUUGAUGACUUUGAGGAGGGUAGUGGAUGGAAUUCGAAGGUUUUUGUUCAAUACUUGAUUGUGAUAAUUGUUUUGAUCUUAACUACCGUUGCCAUAAUUUGUAUGAACUCCCCAAACCUUUCACCUGCUAGAGAAGCCAUACGGGGUUUUAUGAAUCUUGACUACUGUAGCGUCUUCAGAAGGACUGUUGGUUUUGACUUUUCAGAAGUGGGAAAAUUGAGUAAGAGAGAGGUUGAUGUUGAUGUUAAUGUCAAACAUGAUGAUAUAUGGAAAAAAGAUGUUGGUGAUGAUGAUAACAUGCACUCGAACCAGUUGGAAGCAUACAAAACUGAAGAAAUGGAAGAGAUAAAACAAAACUGUAUGAUUGACGAAUAUCAUGAUGAAAAUAUAUGGAGCAAAAACGACACUGGGCAGUUUCAAGAUUCCAUUGAAAAGAAAGAGGAUAUUUCUUAUGAAGUAACAAGUGAAGAAAUUUACAGUGGUUUUGAUCGAGGUGAAACGAGUGUAGAAUCAGAAGUUUUAGAAAUGAUGGUAGAGGAGGAUGUUGGAAAAGAAGAUGCUUUCAUUGGGGUUUGUGUACUCAUUCUUCUGGCAACGUUGAGUAUCAUAUAUUAUUCAAAGAAGUCGGAAAUUUCGUCUUUUGUAAAGUACAAGACAACACAUGUUGGAUCUUUAAUCGACUCUGAUGCAGUUUCUUCCAGUGAGGCAAAAUCCUCUUACAUGGAAUUCUCUACCGAUUCACCUUCUUAUGGAAGCUUUACAGUUGAGAAGAAGAUUGUUAAGAAAAAGAAAAGCAAAAAACCGGAGGUGAUGCUGUCCCCAGUGAGGCGAUCAAGCAGAAUACACAAUCGAUCCAUCACAAAGCACCCCAUUUCUCCUUCGUCUUCGAUCUUCAACAAUCCAUUUACCUCUCACCAAUCUGCAACGCCGCCACCUCCUUCUGCUGCCCUAGCCCCGACAACGCAAGCUUCGCCGAAGAUGGUGCAGCGACGUCGACUUCCCCGACCAUUGAGGCGUCUCAGAAGAGACGAGGAUCUGAGACGAGGAGACGGGAGUGGAUUCGAAGCAUGA